AUGGUGUUCAUUGACCUGGAGAAAGCCUAUGACAAAGUCCCGAGAGAGGUUCUAUGGAGAUGUUUGGAGGCUAGAGAAGUGCCUGUAGCGUAUAUUAGAGUGACUCAGGACAUGUAUGAUAGAGCUAAGACACGGGUUAGGACAGCAGAAGGAGACUCUGACUACUUUCCGGUUGAGAUGGGGUUGCAUCAGGGAUCAGCACUUAGCCCAUUUUUGUUUUCCUUGGCGAUGGAUUCGUUGACGCGUCACAUUCAAGGGGAGGUGUCUUGGUGCUUGUUAUUUACGGAUGACAUAGUUCUGAUUGAUGAGACGUGA